AUGAAUAGGCUGAUGAGGGAACAGGAGCGUGUACAAGGGAUACGUGUUCUAAGUUAUCAACAUCCUCUAAUCGUCGACCUUUUUUUACGACGACUAAGGGAGGAAGAGCGGAGCCACGCUGGCUUUCGAAUCUACAACCCGAACUCACGGUCACGGUUCUCCCGUAGUUUCCGUACUCAUCUAUCUCGUGAUACCCUGCCUUUAAGAAAAAAGGAUGUAUUCUGUGGAGUGUACAUGACUUGCGAGGCCAACUGCUUCAUUAUACCAUUUCAUCGGCUUAGGAAGUAUAGAGCGCUGGUUUGCCCUCGGGAGACUACUGGACCUUCAACAUUCAGUCCUCUUAGCGUCCACGACGUGCCACAACUCAUCCUACCAGGCAUCCUUGACCUCUCUUCUACUGAAACAAGGAAAGAAAGGCAGAUAACUCCAGGAGGAGACAGGGACUUCCAUUGGAAGUUAACCUUUUUUGUCAUUGGCAAGCAACCGAAGAGGAAGACAACUGUGCUCGAAUGUCGAAUGGAGCGCGCCAUAGCGUGA